GAACGGCAAAGCAGCAGCACGUUGUGGACGAUCACAUUCUGACGUAUCCAACACUUGACUGAGAAGAUGAGGCUUUGUUUUCUCUUCUGUGUUUUCUGUCUGAUGCUUCCCAUGAGCCUCAGUCAGCUGCCGGGUCCCCCUGGUGAGAAAGGUGACAGAGGACUUCCUGGAGUACCUGGACCAUCUGGACCAUCUGGACCUCCUGGAUUUCCUGGACUAUCUGGACGUCCUGGAUUUCCUGGAGUACCUGGAAUACCAGGACCACCUGGUCCAAUGGGAGUGCGUGGACAACCUGGACCAAUUGGACCAAUUGGACCAGCUGGACCAGCUGGACGACCUGGACCCAUUGCUGUGUGUGGACGAGAGCUCUUUGAUUCUUUCACACGGGAUGCUGAUUUACUGACGAAGAUCACCGCUAAGCUGGACCUUGCUAUAACCUUUGACUUUGUGAGGAAGGUGGGUCAGAAAUACUUUGUGUCCAACAAGGAGAGAGGAUCUUUCCAGAAGGCUGCAGAUUUCUGCCAGCAACAAGGCCUGGAGCUGGCUCUGCCCCAGAGUGAGGAGGAGAACCACAUGCUGCGUCAGCUGAUGGGUCAAGAUGAGAAAAGAGCCUGGAUCAACGUCAACGUGAGAAAAGCAGAAGGGAACUUCCAGUCCGACAUGAAAAAUCAACCUCUGACCUUCACCAAAUGGGGAGAAGGACAGCCGGAUGGAGGCAUUGGGGACAGCGGCUGCAGCAUGGCAGCGGAGGACGGCGCCUGGAGAGUGACAGCAGACUGUUCUCUGGACGCUGACAUCAUCUGUCAGCUGUAGAAAGAUCAUCCAUCAGGCAGCUUGCUGAGUCAUCUAGAUAUUAUAUAGUCAUUAACUAUGCUGAUGACACAUUCAUUUUAUUUCUUGAUUCUUAAUCAAUCAAUCAAAUUUUAUUUGUAUAGCACAUUUCAGCAAGGCAUUUCAAAGUGCUUUACAUCAUAAACACAAGAACACAAAGCCAUGCAACAUAUAAUAGACAAUACAUUGUUACAUAUUACAUUUCAAAAACAAUUCUAAACAGGUGUGUUUUUAAUUGCGAUUUAAAAGAAGUCAGGGUUUCCGCUGUUUUACAGUUGUCUGGAAGUUUGUUCCAAAGUUUUGGUGCAUAGAUGCUGAAAGCUGCUUCUCCUCUCUUGGUUCUGGUUCUGGGGAUGCAGAGCAGACCAGAACCAGAAGACCUGAGAGGUCUGGAAGGUUGAUACAACAACAGCAGAUCUUUGAUGUAUUGUGGUGCUAAACUGUUCAGUGAUUUAUAAACUAACAACAGUAUUUUAAAAUCUAUUCUUUGAGCUACAGGGAGCCAGUGGAGGGACUUUAAAACUGGUGUUAUGUGCUCUAUCUUCCUGGUUUUAGUGAGAACGCGAGCAGCAGCAUUCUGGAUCAGCUGCAGCUGUUUGAUUGAUUUGUUGGACAGGCCUGUGAAGACGCUGUUACAAUAAUCAAUGCGACUAAAGAUAAACGCAUGAAUGAGUUUCUCUAGAUCUGGCUGAGACAUUAGUCCUCUAAUCCUGGAGAUGUUCUUCAGGUGAUAGAAGGCCGACUUUGUAAUUGUCUUUAUGUGGCUCGCAAGGUUCAAGUCCGAGUCCAUCACUACUCCCAGGUUUCGGGCCUGAUCGCUAGUUUUUAGUUGUAAUAACUGAAGCUGUGCAUUGACUCUAGAUCGUUCCUCUUUAGGUCCAAAAAUAAUGACUUCAAGGUAACAUUUGGCAUAAACUCGUUUUGCAAUAUGGCUUAACAUAACUUUCAUUAAGCCUGAGUAGCAAAGGCCUGUUGUAAUCGCAAAAUUUCUAAUUAAUUUUCUGCCAUUUGCGUGCGGCCUUUUGGAGGCUUUAUCACCAAACUUCACCUGAAAUAAUGUACAAUUUUGGAUUCCAAUGGAAUCUCAAGUGGGCAUGGCCAACUGCUCUGCAGCGCCCCCUAAUGUGAGAUAGGAAAAAUCUGAAAUUCUGUGCAUAGGUAGAUCCCUUCCCUAAUAUCAAGAAAAAAAGUGUCUUGGAGGUUCCCCCUUAAAUGUACAGGUAGGCGGCCAUUUUGGUUCAAAGGGCAAAUUUAGGUAAUUUUCACAUCUAUACACCUCAAAUUUUAAUGAACUCCUCCUUUUGAUUUUCAUUUUUGGUCAAUAUGCAUUUACGGGAUGGGGGUGAAAAAGUUAUCAAAAUUGUGGGAUUUUGAGCAUGUUUAGGGUGCACGACCAAACAAAACACUAUAACUUUCUCUCACAAUUGUCAAGCAACACCAAACUUGUAAUGAUUGAUCUCAGUUAAUGCCUGAUGAUCGUACGCUGUUCUGACAUCAUUAUUACGUUUUCUGAUCUAUAGUCUCUCCACCAACAUGAACUUCUGCAACUUGUUUUAGCCAUUAGCAUCUGUUGAUGAGCUUUUUAAUAGUUGCCAUGUGAUCUAUGCCACCUUCUAUCCAUCUAAAUGACUCAUUACUUUAUUCAUUGCUUUUGAUGUAAAGCUGGCUUGGAUUUUGAUAAAACCUCUGACUCCACGUUUUUGAUUAAAUUCUGUUGUAGGAAAUCAACAUAUUUUAAUGCUCUGUGGAGAUCAUAUUUUCCACUACACUGUAACAAAUAGCUGUAAAGACUACAGCAUGAAAAUGUGCAUGGAGAGUAUGUGGGACGUGAUUGGACCACUGGAUUACGUGCGGAAAUUAACAAAAAAAAAAAAAAAAACGAAGCAAUUGACUCGGGGCGUGGUGCUGGUACAGGAGGUAAAGCACAGGAUGUGCAGAGGCCUCAGGGGUCCUAGAGGCCUCUGAAAAUAAAGUGGCCUUUAUUUAUUGGGAAAUAAAGGCCACCAGAGCCAAAACAAUUCUUUAAAAAGGUCAUUGAUUAAACAUAGGAGUGAAGAUGGACUCAUGAAAACAAAAAUCAGAGCGCAAAGUUAGUUUCAGACAAGGAAAUAUUCCAGAAAGACCAACAAAAUGGAAGAAUGUAGUAAAACUUCACACCCUUCUGAACUCGGUUAAUGUCGGUGCGUGAGUCUGACAACUUUGAUAUUGAGUUUGUUUCGUCUUUCUUAUUCUCUACAUAUAUAAUGUGAUAUAACAGCACCAGGCACCAUUUUCUGUUCCUUUCUCUGUUUCUGGAAACACGAAACUAAUAAACUGUGUUUAACACAAAAAGAAA